ACUUGGAUCCUGUGCGAGAGCAGAGGACCAGCAGCUUCAGUGAGGAGAGAAAAUAUAAUAUUACAAUUAAAUCUAAAGAUAUUUUAACACGAAGGUUCGUCUCUGUGAGGUAAUGGGCAGGACUCUGUAGAUCAGUUUCAACCACGAGAAGAAUGAUGAAGAAGGAUAUUAACUUCGACUCAGACCUCAAGCCUCAUCUCCGCGACGCCGAGAGCAUCCUCAGCUCCCCGGACCUGGGGCUCCUCAAGCUGGCCUCACCGGAGCUGGAGAGGCUCAUCAUCCAGUCCAACGGCAUGGUCACCACAACCCCAACCAGCGCCCAGUUUCUGUUCCCCAAGACGGUCACGGACGAGCAGGAGUUCGCGGAGGGCUUCGUGAAGGCGCUGGAGGAUUUACACAAGCAGAACCAGCUGACCGGAGCCGAGCAGACCGGCAGCAGCCUGGAGCUCAGCGCCAACAUCGCCCCGGUGUCCGUGCAGCCGGAUCCCCUGGUGUAUACAAACCUGAACAGCUACGGCAGCGGGCCAUUGGGAACCACUGUCAACUACGCCACGGACACGGUCCCUUUCCCGCCUCCUCCGACGCUUCAUUUCGGGGGAACCCCUCCGGAGCUCUCGCGGGUCCAACCAGCGAAGGAGGAGCCUCAGACGGUCCCGGACGUGCAGAGCUUCGGGGACAGCCCGCCACUGUCUCCCAUAGACAUGGAGUCACAGGAGCACAUGAAAGCCGAGAGGAAGAGGCUCAGGAACCGGAUAGCGGCGUCCAAGUGUCGGAUGCGCAAACUGGAGCGGAUCUCCAGACUGGAGGACAAGGUCAAAACGCUGAAAAACCAAAACACCGAUCUGGCCUCGACGGCGAGUCUGCUGAGGGAGCAAGUGGCCCAGCUGAAACAGAAAGUCCUCACUCAUGUCAGCAGCGGCUGUCAGCUGCUGCCACAUGAAGUUCAGGUGCACUAGUCGGACAGACAGACGGCUGCUGAUCAGCACAUAAGCUCGUCGGACUCUAAUGUUGUUUCUUCUGUAUGAAUGAAGCCCAGAUGUGUGCCGUCAUUGUGAAUGAGGCCAAACUGUACAUUAAUAAUCGACUGUGGCUGUUAACAUAACGUGUACAACAUGAUUUAAGACCUAUUUUUUUGGUGAUAACACUCAUUCUAAACUGUGUAUUCUCUGUUAGUUGGAUUUUAUUUGGUGUUAAAAUGCACAGAAUAGAUCCAAUUUGCUCGCCACCCGGUGGAGACAUUACCGACACUCAAAUCAGUAAUAAUCCAUGAAUAUUUAAAUAAACAAAAGUCUAUUUGUUUAUUUAUAGUAAUGCUGAAAUGAAGAGUGUUUGCCUUUAAUUAGAUGUAUGUGUCAAAUCAUGUUUUACCACGUAUGUGUGUUUACCAGUUAACCAGGCAGUGUUAAACUGGUGGAUUUCGCAAUGGAUUUUGGUAAUGGGCUUUCCUCAGUAGACAAUGAGGCACUUACUGGGACUAUAUGCUCAACAGGCAGCACAUAUCUAAUGUUUUUUGUUGUUUUUUUCCCGGUAAAAAUGUUUACAGACUGUGUCUAAAACCUGGACCAAACAGAUUUUUAAUAUUUCUACAGUAAUAUGCACAUAUGACACAGAUAAUAUAUGAGUGAUUUGCUCUAAGGGAAAUGCAUAUAUAUACCCACAUUUGAUAUGUAACAGAUAAUCUACAUAAUCUAUUUAACAUAUAUUUCAUUUCUGUUGUUAACAAUUUGCAUGUUGUUGACAAACUCGAAUGUUGCCCACAGCUGGGUGUCAGGGUGCAGUUUAUCAGUGUUCAUUAUGUUUACCCUUUACAAACACAUGAAUUCAUUGAUUUUAUUUUAUUAUUUUUUACUCUACUGUGUCCCUCUUCAGUGUGUUCUUGUUUUUAAUGUGAAGAGUCAUUUUGGUUGCACUGACUGUUGCUGUCACCUCGAGCCUACAGUUAUUUGGCUAAAACAUAAUGCCGCUGUGUUCUGAAUUAAAUGCUGCUCGGCAAUAAACACUGUUUCCUCUA